CAUAGGUUAUCGGAUGAUACACGCAUGAUUUUCUCCUGUCAAAUCGUACGAGAGAAAUUUCUUGCAUUUCGUGUUAUUUUGAAGUCACCAGCUAAGCGGAACACUGUGAUAUAAAGCAGUUUCAUCUGUCCUGCUAAAAAGGAUGUCAGCGAAGGCUAUUUAUGAGGCAAAGGGGAAAGAACUCUUGAACAAAUACCUGGAGAGUGGGUCGGGUGUGAAGAACCGGUAUGCUGUUGUCACAGAGGAUGUUAACUGGGAUCAGCUAGUACAGGAUAACCCCUGGCUGCAGACGCAGAAAUUGGUUGUAAAGCCGGACCAACUGAUCAAGCGGCGUGGGAAACUUGGGCUCAUCAAAGCUGGAGUGGAUCUUGCUGGAGUUCGGGACUGGUUGAAAGAAAAGCUUGGCAAAAACUUCACUAUCGGCAAGGCCCUCGGGAGGUUGAGAAGAUUCAUCAUAGAACCAUUUGUGGCACAUGAGCAGUCGGAGGAGUACUAUGUGUGCAUCUACUCCCACCGUUCGGGCGACACGAUUCUCUUUCACCAUGAGGGUGGGGUUGAUAUCGGUGAUGUUGAUGCAAAGGCGGUGAAAAUGGAGGUUCCCAUAGGAGAGGAUCUGAGUCCCACAGAUGUAGAGGGAAAGCUGCUGGUCAACAUUCCUGCACAAGCUAAACAGCAGUUGACCAAGUUCAUAACAUCGCUGUACAAAGUCUACACAGACCUGUACUUCACAUACCUGGAAAUAAACCCACUAGUGGUGACUUCUGGUGGAAUCUAUGUGCUGGACCUGGCUGCCAAGAUCGACCAAUGUGCCGAGUACCUGUGUAAAGGACAGUGGGGAGAACUGGAAUUUCCCCCUCCAUUCGGAAGGGAUGCACUGCCUGAGGAGGCAUAUAUUGCUGAGCUUGAUUCCAAGAGUGGGGCUUCCCUGAAGUUGACAGUGUUGAACAAAACAGGCCGGAUAUGGACCAUGGUUGCAGGGGGAGGGGCGUCUGUGAUUUACGCUGACACAAUUUGUGAUCUGGGUGGAGCUGCAGAGUUGGCCAACUACGGAGAGUAUUCCGGAGCACCCAGCGAACAACAGACGUACGAGUACGCAAAAACUGUCCUGUCACUCAUGACCGAAGAAAAGCACCCAGAUGGCAAAAUCCUCAUCAUUGGUGGUGGUAUUGCCAACUUCACUAACGUGGCAGCAACAUUUAAGGGUAUAGUACGGGCCCUGCGUGAGUACCAGCAGCUAUUGAUUGAGGGCAAUGUGAAUAUCUACGUACGUCGAGCUGGACCCAACUUCCAAGAAGGGUUAAGAAUUAUGAGGGAACUUGGUAACACAUUGGGUGUUCCAAUCCACGUUUUUGGCCCAGAGACACACAUGACAGCAAUUGUCAGCAUGGCACUCGGUAAACGUGACAUUCCUCAUGACCCGAAACCACUCCCCACAACAGCCAACUUCCUGCUACCCACAGACUCGGGAUCAGGGGCAUCCCCCUCGCCUAGCCGCAAGAGUUCAUCUGCCGACCUGACCAAGAUACCAGAUGUCGCCCAGAUACCCCAGUUCCUCUCAACACCCGACAGCCCUGCGACCAAGCCUCUGUUCACCAAGGGUACCAAGGCGAUCAUCUGGGGCAUGCAGGCCCGGGCUGUUCAGGGGAUGAUGGACUUUGAUUAUGUGUGCUCGCGAAAAUCACCCUCGGUCGUUGCGAUGAUUUACCCUUUUACUGGUGACCACAAACAGAAGUUUUACUGGGGCCACAAAGAAGUUCUGGUUCCCGUCUACAAGAACAUGGACGACUGUAUGAAGAAACAUCCGAGCGCGGACGUGCUGGUCAGCUUUGCAUCGCUCCGAUCCGCGUACGAUAGCACGGUGGAGACCAUGAAAUAUCAACAGAUCCGCACAAUUGCAAUAAUUGCUGAAGGCAUUCCCGAGAAUCUCACCAGAAAACUUGUCAAGAUGGCUCAUGAGAAAGGAGUAAACAUUAUCGGACCUGCUACGGUGGGUGGGGUAAAACCUGGCUGUUUCAAGAUUGGUAACACAGGAGGCAUGCUGGACAACAUUCUGUCUUCCAAACUGUACCGGCCUGGCAGUGUUGCAUAUGUCUCCAGGUCAGGGGGCAUGUCAAACGAGCUGAACAACAUCAUAGCGCUGAAUACUGAUGGAGUAUAUGAGGGUGUGGCUAUUGGAGGUGACCGGUACCCAGGAACCACAUUUAUGGACCACAUUUACCGGUACCAGGCUGACCCUGAUGUUAAGAUGAUCGUCCUGCUGGGGGAGGUUGGAGGUGUAGAGGAAUAUGAAUUGACCAAGGCCCUCACAGACGGACGAGUGAACAAGCCUGUCGUGGCCUGGUGUAUCGGAACAUGUGCCAAGAUGUUCACAUCAGAGGUCCAGUUUGGACAUGCUGGAUCAUGUGCUAAUGCAGACGCUGAGACGGCUGAUGCUAAAAACAGGGCACUGCAGGAAGCCGGUGCACGUGUACCAAAAAGUUUCGAUGAACUGGGCCACCUCAUCAAGGAAGUAUACGACCAGCUUGUAGCAGAUGGGACAAUCCAGCCCCGCCCGGAAGAGGCCCCACCAACUGUACCCAUGGACUAUGCCUGGGCUACUGAACUGGGACUAAUCCGUAAGCCAGCAUCGUUUAUGACAAGUAUUUGUGAUGAACGAGGCCAGGAGCUGCUGUAUGCAGGAAUCCCGAUCACUGACAUCUUCAAGGAGGACAUGGGCAUUGGGGGUGUGCUGAGUCUGCUCUGGUUCCAGAGAAGGUUACCUCGCUAUGCCACCAAGUUUAUCGAGAUGUGUUUGAUGGUUACGGCAGAUCAUGGGCCCGCAGUUUCCGGAGCCCAUAAUACAAUUGUCUGCGCCCGUGCGGGCAAGGAUCUUGUCUCCUGUCUCACAUCUGGGCUUCUUACCAUUGGUGACAGAUUUGGAGGAGCUCUUGAUGCGGCUGCGAAACAGUUUAGCGAUGCUGUAGACAGUGGACUGAUCCCCAUGGAGUUUGUAAAUGGCAUGCGCAAGAAAGGCAAACUUAUCAUGGGCAUUGGCCACAGGGUCAAGUCGAUAAACAAUCCUGAUAUGAGAGUAGUUAUUCUGAAGGAGUAUGCCCAGAAAAGUUUCCCUGCCACCCCAAUGCUUGACUAUGCCAUAGAGGUGGAGAGAAUUACAACAUCGAAGAAGCCCAACCUGAUCCUGAAUGUGGAUGGGUUUAUUGGAGUGGCGUUUGUGGAUCUCCUCAGAAACUGCGGAUGUUUCACUAGAGAGGAAUCCCAGGAGUUCAUUGACAUCGGUGCCCUUAAUGGUCUGUUUGUGCUGGGUAGAAGUAUGGGAUUUAUUGGCCAUUUCCUGGACCAGAAGCGCUUGAAGCAAGGAUUAUACAGACAUCCGUGGGACGACAUUUCCUACGUCAUGCCUGAACAGUUUGGGGAGGAGCAGCAGUAGUUAUCUCCCUUUUCUGUUGUCUAAUACUGUGUAACAGUAGGCAGGAAUUGUGUCCCAUAGUUCACUGUGACAGAGUUGUCUGUCUUGUCAUAAUAAUAUUAACAAAAUAGAUGGGAGUUGUGUCUGUUAGUUAACGGUGACAGAGUUGUCUGUCUUAUGUAACACUAUUUAUGUUUGCAAUGGUGGACGCAGUGUUGUCCCUUAGUAAACUGUCACAGAGUUGUAUAUUGUGUGUAACAAUAUUGAUUUAUUGAUUUAUUGUGAAGGUGUGUGCCCCUCGAAGAAACGUUGUGUAAGUAAGGUUAUUUUGUGCGAAAUAAUUAAAAUUCUUUGGUAUGGUGUUAGACUGUAUAAGAAUGAAGGUUGUGCUAGCGUUGUGCUUUAGAUUUAACAUGAAAACAAUUGUCCAUGUUUUAUUUAUGCAAACUAUUUUAAGGUAUUGUUAUUUAUUGGUAAUGCGUGGGAUUUGUUUGGUGUUUAAUAAUGUAGUUUGUAUACUGAAGGCAAAAUUUGCUUUAGACAUUUUAAAGUGUCACACAGAAGUUUAUGAAGAUAUGCCAAAAAUGUCAAGAUUAUACUGUCUAGUAGGCUAUCUGCUGAAAUAAACUAAUAAUAAAAUGUCCAUGUUAUGUUUUAAACAAUGUGUUAGUGAUAUUGUUAAACUUUAUGGUAUUUGAAUCAAUUUACAUGAUGUUGGCAUAAUAUUUGUUGCACUCUUUAACAUACCUUUAUAUGUAUGAAUGCUGCCAUAAUUUAAGUAUCACCACCUUCUACUGAGGUAUUUGUUAUGCUUAUCGUUAGUUAGGCUAUCACCGUUAGUUUCAAAUGGUUUCACGGUUUGUUCAUAAUAAGAAUCUCCCUUCAUGUUAAAGACUUUUAGCUUGUCUGUUUUUCAAAGGAAGAACAUCUAGGUAUUGUCAUUGGUGAUGUGUACCUUGUCCAUAGCUAAAAAAAGCGUUAAAGAUAUGAAACUGUGUACUUCUGUUGCAGAUCAGGAAAGACCUGCUCAUAACACGGGCUUUAAUUGUUAUUCAAUUGUUUGCCUUUUUUGACUGAAAAACAGCAUGACAAGUAUAAUAAGCGUUGGCUCCACUCCGUAGCACUCUUGUUUACAGGAAUUAUUCCUCCUUGGUUUGUGAACAAAAGCAAGUGCAAUACAUGUGUAUUAUUCUUAAGUCCACUUUAUUGAGUGUAUGUAAAGCAGUAGCAGGUUUGUUUGUUUCCCCGCCACCAUAUUCUCACAUUCUCUCUUGGCAUCUUCACUUCAAUAUAUUCAAUGGGAAACAUUUAGCAUCUGUUUAAUAUAUUCCCAUACCCAAACACUACUUGCAAAGUAAAGAGUACUCAGUCUUUUGCAAGCAUAUGUUUUAUCAAUGUUAACUUCAUUUACAGAGGGCCAUUUAACAAUUAUGUAUACUCGCACAUAAAACUCUUAAUUUUGUCAAUGUUUAAGCUGAUUUAUACCACACAACAUGAUCAAAAUCUGUUCUCUUCAUAUGCAUUUUUCAUUACAGUAUAAUGUUUGUGCUUAAUGCAGUUAUAUUUUAAAACUUGUGAGCAAGUGCAAGGCGUAGCAACGCAAUGGAGUCAAAUGACUUAGUUAUUAUUGGUGCAAAUAUACCUUGAUUCAACGCAAUGAUGUCAAAUGACGCAAUGAUGUCAAAUGACGAUGUUAUAAUUGGUGCAAACAAAAAAGGAUUCAGCGUUGAAAUAAAUAUAGUACUUGUUCUAGUAAAAUUUCGACUAAAGUAUAAUAAAUAAAAAUUAAAACCUUUGCAUAAUAACACCCGUUAUACAACUCCAGUAAGGAGAGACCUUUCAUGCAUAUUUGUAGGGGUUUGAGGCACAAUACAACCAUAGUUUUACCGGCUUUAUUAUAAUACGUUUGAGCCAUUUGUAUUAGUUUGUUCAAUUUUCUUUUUUUGCACAUAACACUUAGGUAAUACGUUGACGAAUCAUAUGUAUGUGCUUAUUCACUAUUGUUUUACGUUCUGUUAGUGUAUUUUGUUUUCUAUUCAGUAGCUUGUCAUGUAAUGACAAUAUUUUUUGUGCUAUGUUUUAUCUUGUCUCUCAUAUUUAAAGACAUUCCAAUGUGAACAUUGCUAUCCAUGAUUUAUGAUGACUUAUUUAUCAAACAGGCUUUCUUUGGAUGUGAAUUUCUUACACCAUUAGCAUUGCAAUAUAAUUGUUUUACAAUGUUUGUGCUACUUCCCUUUCACUGUCAUGGGACAUUGUUCUGUUUAUACAGCAGCAUUAUACCGCUGUAUUACAAUUCGUGUGUAUGCAUUUGCAUAUUAAUAAUUCGACAAGUCUGACUAUAAUUUACGUUGGGUGUGAAAACUCAUUUGUUCCAUUGCAAAGCUAAGUUUUCAAGUUUGUUUACCUUUAAUUGAUGCCAAAUUGUUUAUAAAUUUUUCAAUGAUACUACAUAUAACGAGUGCACAAUAUUUCGAUUAAGGAUAGUGUAAUGUUAAUACAUUGUAUUUUAUUAAAGGAAAUUACGGUAUCCAAUGUACGCGUACGCUUGUCAAUAAAAUGAGACUUUGAUAGUAAUGUUAAAUUCUUAUCCCUGCAUUCUGACCUAAAUUGUGUUGGUACCAUUCGUUUGAAUUAGAAAAUAAAUGACCGUCAUAGUAUUUUUGCUGUUUAUUUUGACUGAAAUCCGGCAUCUGGUAACUUAAUGUUUAAUCUACAGAAUAACUACUAAAGUAACAUGAUCAGAUUCAAUCCUCUUUCGUGUGGAUUUUUAACAAUAAUACAAACAUCGCUCAAAAUAUUGUGCACAUGAUAUAAGUCAGCUUAUGUGUAGCUUAUUAUGUUCAUAUCAAACAUUGGGUUUUAUAUUAGAUAGGAAUAAAACAUAAAACACCA